AUGUCUGUGCCAACGACACCUCCUUGUGGCAAUACUACGGAGGCUUAUGAGCUUUUGGAGGAAAGUGACAAUCAUGACGAUCCGCGUUUUGAUGCGAUUCUUGACGGGUUUCGGAAUUUGGUUGAGGCAGUAGAGGGCGUGAUGAAUCCGAAGAUGUCCAAAACCAAAGCCUUCAUGUCUGUGCCCACUUCGUCACUUAGACACAUCGAUUCCGCUGCUCAGUUAUUCGGUCUCGACUAUUUGCUAGGGAGGAGCGAUUGCAUUUGGGAGGCGCCGAAUGAUGUCCCUCCAAUUUCACUCUCCGUCCUUGGGCGUCUACGUUCAGCCGAGUAUUGGGUUAAAUCCUCGGCAGAGUCACUGUGCCGCACUUUGAUCGACUUAGUCUUAUUCGACAUUGUUGGGAUGCACCGGCAUGAACCUGCCGCUCGAAGCAUUCAAGUCAUGGGUGAAUACCGGCUAACCGCAGAGACUCCUGGGCCGCAGCAAGUCUUGGGCGUCGCAGACUACGUUUUGGGGUAUCGGCCCGCUGUGUAUACAGUCCCACCCGUCUAUGAAAGCUUCUCCGUAGUUGUAGAAGCCAAAAAAGUGCCUAUUAGCCUUGGCUUGGGGCAGGCUGUUGCCUAUAUGGUAGCUGCCCAGCAACAUCGAAUGAACCUCAACCCCCAGAGAAUAGUCAAUGUCGUUUAUGGCAUGAUAUCUGAUGGGAUAAUGUGGCAAUUCUUACGUUUAGACGGCAAAAAGCCCCUCAUAUCCGAUUGUUUCAACACCCUAUUUGAUUCUAGUCGAAACUAA